AUGGACGGUGGUGACUUGAAAAGAAAAUUGAUUUUUACAAGUUUUGAACGACUAUCUGUGUUAGGCAAGCUGGAGCUACUUAGAUUGGAAUGGAAUUCAUUCAAUAAUAACAUCUUAUCAUUUCUUGGUGUACUCUCAUCACUCAAGACUUUAUCCCUAUCUACAAACCAUUUGACUGGAUCAAUUGAUAUAGGAGAAUUUCGCAAUAUCAACAACUUAGAGGAGCUGGAUUUGAGUCACAAUUUAAUAGAAGAUAUAAAAGUUUGUGAGGAUGGUGGUGACUUGAAAUGGAAAUUGAUUUUUGCAGGUUUUGAAAGACAAUCUGUGUUAGGCAAGCUGGAGCUACUUGAUUUGAGCUACAAUUUAUUCAAUGGCAUCAUACCAUCUCUUGUUUUUCUCUCAUCACUCAAGACUUUAAACCUACAGGGCAUCAAUUUGAAUGGAUCAAUUGAUAUAGGAGAAUUCCAUAAUAUGAGCAACUUAAAGGAGAUGGACUUGCGUGACAAUCACAUAGACUACAUAAAAGGGUUGGAUGAAUUGAAACACUUACAAGAGUUGUAUUUGGAUUAUUCAUCCAUUGACAAGAUCUUUCUUCAUAAUGUUGGAGAAUUGUCCUCCCUAAGGGUGUUGACAUUACGGAAUAUUAGCCUUAAUGGAAGCCUACCUAACCAAGAUAAAAUGUCUGAGCUAGGCAUCACUUCUUUUAUUUCACAAGUUGGUGUGAACUUUCUAACCUCCAAGAGUUAG